AACAAAUUGCAGCUUCCGCACUGCUUCCUUGUUUAUUAGUUUUAGGGGAAACAGUGCCUUUAGAAGCGAAAAGGUUACUUUUUCCUUUCUCUGGAAACGACGAGAACUUCUCCAAGAGAUUUUCAAAUCCCCAGCUAGCUGAAAGGCUCACACAGAAGAAAGCUGACAGCGUUUGAUGUCCAGGAGGGAAUCCGGAUCAGAGUUUCACCCAAACCAAGUCUGAGAUCAGGUUCUGGUCUGAAUGGCCACAGCUGCAGAGGAGCCUCCAGGGCUGCAGGGCCUCUCUGGUAACCUGCAGAGUCAGUUCUGGAAGAGACUGUCUUCUCUCAGAGGUAAUGAACGAGAUUCCACUGGGAUUAGAAAAAAUGCUUCCCCCGAGAGUCCAAUCACCACCACCAUGACUCCGGCCAUGAAAAAAACCAUCGGCCAUCGUGGAAUUGAUCCCACGGGGGAGACGACGUACAAGAAGACAACAUCGUCGGCCCUGCAAGGCGCCAUCCAGCUAGGCAUCACGCACACAGUGGGCAGCUUAAGUCAGAAACCUGAGAGAGACGUGCUGCUGCAGGACUUUGAAGUGGUUGAAAGCAUCUUCUUUCCCAGUGAGGGCAGUAACCUGACACCAGCCCACCACUAUGGAGACUUCAGGUUCAAGACGUACGCUCCGAUGGCUUUCCGCUACUUCAGGGAGAUGUUUGGCAUCCGGCCUGAUGACUACAUGUAUUCUCUGUGUAAUGAGUCGCUGAUUGAGCUGUCAAACUCUGGGGCCAGUGGAUCUCUCUUCUACGUCUCCAAGGAUGAUGAGUACAUCAUGAAGACAGUGCAGCACAAAGAGGCGGAGUUUUUGCAGAAAUUGCUUCCAGGAUACUUUAUGAACCUGAACCAGAACAAACGGACCUUAUUACCAAAGUUUUAUGGCCUCUACUGCGUCCAGGCGGCGGGUAAGAACAUCCGUAUCGUAGCCAUGAACAAUCUGCUUCCGAGCACCGUGAUAAUGCACCUCAAGUUCGACCUGAAGGGCUCCACCUACAAGCGACGGGCUUCAGCUAAAGAGCGGGGAAAGGCCUUUCCAACAUUUAAGGACCUGGAUUUCAUGCAGGAUAUGCAGGGUGGGCUGUUACUGGAGGGGGACAAGUACAAUGCUGUUUGCAAGACCCUCCAGAGGGACUGUUUGCUUUUGCAAAGUUUUAAGAUUAUGGACUACAGCCUUCUGGUGGGAAUCCACAAUCUAGAUCAGGCUUGUCAAGAGCAGGCCAGUGACCAGUUGGCAGGCGCGGCUGCAGACCAAAGAAGGCCACUGGGACAAAAGUCCCUGUACAGCACUGCUAUAGAGGCCAUCCAGGCUGAGGCAGGGAGCAUGGGAUCACUGGACACUGAGGACAAAACGGGAGGAAUCCCUGCAAGAAACUCCAGAGGAGAGAGGCUGCUGGUGUAUAUUGGGAUCAUUGACAUUCUGCAGUCCUACAGAUUAGCAAAGAAGCUUGAACACUCAUGGAAAGCUCUGGUUCACGAUGGGGAUACUGUAUCAGUACACAGGCCAAGUUUCUAUGCAGACCGAUUUCAGAAGUUUAUGUGCAACGUAGUCUUCAAAAAGGUUUCAUUGAAGAACUCACCAUCUAAGAAGCGGCGUGCAGUGGGAGCUUUAAAAAAGACCGCCGGCUCUGGGCCGUCUCUGAUGACACAAAUGAGCAGCAGCAGCCAGCACCCGUCACUCCAACAGCAAUUCAGCUCUGAGUCCAGAGACGACACUGACGGAGACAACGUCAUGCAGUCAGGUCGUCCUGACCUCCUCCCAAAGACCUUACCGCCCAGCAACGAUGUUGCCAACGCUACUGAAAACACCGUCUCCUACUCCUUGGGAAACCCUGGAUUUGCUCCCACAAGUCAGCCUCCUCCUCCCUCUCAGGAUGCCUACAAGUCAGUGGGAGUGGAUUUAAACAACACAGCAAAGAGCAAAGACCAGGAGCAGAGCACCCCCAAGAGAGCUCCGUAUGAAGAAAGUAUCGGCUCCGAGGAUGUGAUCUCACUCAGUGACAUCGUUCCAAACGCAAACAAAUGCUCUGUGUAGCUGUGGGAAAGAAAAUUUGACUUAAAUGAACCGAAACAAAGUUGGAGGAUGAUGUGAGCAUGGAUGAAAUGUUACAACUCCCACUGGUGUAACUUGAGGUACCAGAAUAGAAAAAGUUUUACAGUGUAUCCAUGAGACCAAGUGGGGAUAUUUUGUUUGUUUGUUUUGUCUUUACAUUGAUUUCCAAAUCUCAACAUGGUAUGAGCAUGCAAGCGGGUGGUUGUGUUCUCACACUAGUAAUUGCAGGUACAUUAACGCUGUGGUUAUUGAACACUAUUAUUCAUCUCAUAGGCUUCUAUGCACAACUAAAGAUUGUUUUCAACACUGAUGUGCUCAACUCGGCCAGCGUUCACAUAGAUGUAGAGCGUCACAUGGGGACUUUGUCUUUAUUUAAGUGGCACGUGUUAUAUGGGCACACAGUUUUAAAUAAAAGGGUUUAUUUUUCAGUGAAAUUACUGUAUUCAUACUAGGUAAGAUGCCGUUUUUUAAAGGCUACUCUGAAUGCAAAUCAUGCUGGAAAAAAGAGGUGAUUCUCAGCUUGUGGUUUCUAUUCAACCCGCUGUUUUAAUAAUGGACUGUGAAUCCUAAAUGUCACCUCUCGUGUUCAGGUGAAAGGGUUUUAUUUUAAGGAGGUUUUUAUAUAUGUACACUGUACGCUCUGAUAUCAGUUUCAGGUUUAUUGCGUAGACUGGCUUAUGUCCAAAUGUGACCAAAUAGCUGACAGUUAGGCGGCUGUGUGAAACAAACACCACAACAAACGGUGAGCUGGGGCCUGUCUCAUGAAGCAAGACUAGUAAGUUAGUCAGUUUAGUCUAGGGAUUGUUUGAUAUAAAAGAACCACCUCCAUACUGAUCAGUUCUUACUGGAGCUCAAAGAACAAAAACACAUAAUUCACUUUUUAAAAUGUCAUCUAUCAUGAAGCUUGACAUUACUACAAUCACUUUUCUUCUAUUUUUUCUUCUUUUUAAAAAAAAUAAAUAUAAAACCUAUUUCAAUCAUUUUUAUGCAGGCG